UUUGCGACUCAGAUGAGCCGACUAUAGAGCAAAAAUCAUUCGAAUCAAACAUUUCUGGAUGGACGGAGAUCCUUAUGGUCGCAUCUGGAGGGAGUUGCUAUGCGGAUCGGCCAGCCCCGCGCCCACCACCCACCGCCCUCAUGAAACGCCUCCUCCCCAUACCAUAAUUUCCAGCAGUCUUGCAGGAGGGUAACCGAAGAGGGAGCGAUGGAUUGGCCGGUGAGCCGUAGCCGUUGGAGGAAGCGAAGCCAACGAAACAAACCCCUCUUCCUCCUCUCUCUCUCGCUGCUCCUCAUCUUCUUCCUUGCCGUCUUCCUCUCCUCCUACGCCGAGAUCUUUCGAUCUCUCCUCCCCUUCCCCACCAAAACCCUAGACGCUCGAUCCCCACAAUGCGGGGCCGGCGGAGCCCCGGACCUCGCCGGCGAGAGAUUCCUGUGGUACGCCCCCCACAGCGGCUUCAGCAACCAGCUCUCCGAGCUCAAGAACGCCAUUCUUAUGGCUGCCAUCCUCAACCGCACCCUCAUCGUGCCCCCCGUGCUCGACCACCAUGCCGUCGCCCUGGGGAGCUGCCCUAAGUUCAGGGUCGCCAGCCCCACCGAGCUCCGCACCGCGGUGUGGGAUCAUAUCAUGGAGCUCGUUAGAGCUCGGAGGUAUGUUUCAAUGGCGGACAUAGUUGACUUGUCUCUUCUAGCAUCAUCUAUGGUCAAGAUAAUUGAUUUUAGAGUCUUUGCUUCAACAUGGUGUGGCUUAAACUUGGAGCGUGCUUGCUUUGCUAGCUUAUGUUGUGCUGUGUCUAAGGUUGGAUCUUUAUCAGGUAACUUUGACCAAUGCAGGUCCUUGCUAUCUGGCUUGCAAGGUAACAUUGAUCAGUGUAUAUAUGCUAUACAAGAUGACUGUAGGACAACAGUAUGGACAUACCAACAAGAGAAUGAAGGGAUUCUGGACUCGUUUCAGCCUGACAAAGAAUUGCAGAAGAAGAAGAAAACUUCAUACAUUAGGAAGCGUAGAGAUGUAUACAAGGCUUUUGGACCUGAGUCAAAAGCUGAAACAGCCACAAUUUUGGCUUUUGGAAGCCUAUUCACAUCGCCAUAUAAAAGUUCUGAGCUUUAUAUCGAUAUACAUGAAGCUCCAAGAGACACACGGAUACAGUCAUUGCUAAAGGAAAUUGAAUUCCUUCCCUUUGUCCCAGAAAUUAUGGCUGCAGGAAAGGAUUUUGCUGUAAACAAGAUAAAGGAGCCUUUUCUCUGUGCCCAACUUAGGUUGCUAGAUGGGCAGUUUAAGAAUCACUGGAGGGCUACAUUUUCAGCAGUAGACCAGAAGCUUAAAACCUUGAAUCUGGAACUUAAGGCAAACAAGGUUAGCGGUCCUAUCCAUAUUUUUGUCAUGACGGACCUUCCUAUGGUGAAUUGGACUGGAACUUAUUUGGCAGACCUUGCAAAAGAUGCAAGCUCUUACAGACUCUAUACACUACUAGAAAGUGAUGAAUUGGUAGUGCAGGCUGCUAAGAAACUUAUGGCAGCAGAGCAUGGGCUAAGGUCUGGUUUUCUUCCAAGGAAUCUAGAUGGAAUGGAUAAGAACAAUGCUUGUGACCCAGUGACGUUACCAGAAAUUCUAUUAUACAUAGAGGAAGCUGUUUGCAGCUGUGCUUCCUUGGGAUUCGUAGGGACUGCUGGAUCAACGAUAGCAGAAAGCAUAGAAGUGAUGAGAAGGAAUAAUGUCUGCAAAUUGUAGAUCAAUUGUACCUUUCAUUGUUGCAGCUGGAUAUAUCCCACAUUUAAGAAAAGUGCUCAUCUCUGUUUCCACAAAGAAUAUAUCAAAGGAAAUCCAAAGUCUAAUGGUACAUGAAGUCAAAUAUUGAUUCAGGAACAAGAAUCUGAAUAUUUGAAACACAAUAAAUGUUGACUUCCUGACGACAAUUUUCUCUUCGUCUUUGAAACAUCAGAGAAUAGCUGAAGUAGGUAUUAUUCACACCUGCAUUUUAUGGAACUACUAAAGAGGAGGAAGCCCUGCAGCUUUGGAUUUUACUUUUAGGUACUCGCACAGUUUGGCAUCUGAUAAAAAUCAUUGAAGGAUUUGACAAGAAAAGGAGCUUCAACUUGUUGUAUGGUAGCAAAGUCUUGCUCAGCUCUCUUAGGCUUGAAAGAAAUUUAUUCAUCAUUUGAUCAAUAUUACCUUUUUCUUUUAUGUAUCUGCUGUAUUGACAUUUUUUAGCUGACCCAUAUAGUUCUGACAAAGCUUGAUGACUGUGGUUAUGGUACUGAGUUUAUCAUAACUAGUCAACACUGUUUCAGUUUUGAUGUUUGAGUCCUUUAUUGAUGAUUCUAUUG